GGGCUCUGCAGCAGAGUUGUGUUCAAAACAGAAAGUUGUGAGGUCACUGUGACAUUUGAUUACCAAAUUCUAAUAAGUUCAUCCUUGACUUCAAGUGAACAUCAAGAGAACGUUCCAAGUUGAAGAAAUAUCCUAAAGGCAUUCUGGAGAUAUCACAUUCAUGACCAAAAAAACCCCCUGUUUUGCUCAUUGACCUUUGAACACCAAAUUGGUAUCAGCUCAUACUUGGGUCUAAGAGAAUGUUUGUUCCAGAUGUGUUGAAAUUCCCUCCGGGCAUUCCUGUUCAAUUGUUGAUAACACAAUAGUGAUCUUGACUUGUGAUCUUCGACCACCAAAAUCAAAUCAGUUCAUCCUUGAGUCCAAGUUAACCAUUGCAACAAAUUUGAAGAAAUCCCUUCCUGACAUAUCACGUUCACGACAGUGAUGCUGACGGAGAAAUGGCAUAAAUAGAAAGGCAGUUUGAAAUUAAUUUUAGAGUGGACAAGAAAUUAUUUUUUGAAUAUAGUUGCCAGGACCAGCAGCAUAUUGGGAAUGUCACACAGACUGAAAGAAGAAAGGUGAUAUUAAUAUGUUGUAUUCUAUUCCUUUAUAGUCUUCAGCGUCCCAACAAAAAUAGGACCUGUCUUAUCAUAUUAUUAUUAUUAAUGUCAUUGCAUCUAUAAGUGUCAGUAUUAUUAUUGUAAUAAUGAGAAUCUGCAUGAUGGAGCUUAAAGCAAUGAUUAUACUACUGUUCUCUCUCUCUUUUGUCUCCCCCCCUUUCUGCCCACCUCUCCUCUGUUCCCCAUUUCUCUCAUCUCACCUCAACCGGUUGAGGCAGAUGUUCCGCCCACAACUGAGUCCAGGUCUACAAGAAAUAUCUUCCUGUCAAAAGGGAUUUUUUCUCUCUCUCAACAGUGGCCAAGUGCUGCUCAUUGUGGGAUCUGUUGGGUUUUUCUGUAAUAUUGUCUGAUAUGUAGAGCAUAAGAUGACUUUUUUUUAUAGUUACAAAAUAAAAACCUUCAAAAUACAUCCUGGUCUUUAUUGCAGGUCCAUAUGAUGUAUGACUGCCUGAGUAAAAAACAAAACAGGCAGAUGAAACAUAAAAGCAGCAACUAAACUCUUGCUUAGUCAUGUUUGGGUACCUUUCGAACAUCAUUCUUGCAUCUCCAAGUUAAGCUUUGGAGCGGAAAAAAAAGAUACCAGUUUCGACAGGAGAUGGCGCUAUAGGCUACGCAGGCUGUUCUACGACUGCGACGUAGAACAGUAGAAGAAGUGGAGGUCGCGAACCGUAAUAAACGCAGCAACAGUUGCCUCGGCAACAUACACAUGCGACACGAUGUGCGCUUGGCAGUGGCGAAAGGGACCACGGAGAGGAGUUCAUACCACAGAAUUCAUAGUACUUUAAAUUCGGUUCAUGCUUUGCGCAGACGCAGAGAGAGACACGUCAGUCUGAUAAAACAAGUCAAUACGCGACCGUGGCUCGGAGGAAGACUCCGACAGCGGGCACAGCCGGUCGGUCAUGUAAGUUUUUCAACGUCAGGACUUAUUCGGCAAAGUUAUGUCCCUCUCGCAUUUUGCGCAUUAGAAGUUUUUUUUUUUUCUUCCGCAAAAAAAACAAAAACAAAACUUUUUGGGGAACUAGAUGAGCCCCCGAUCUAGCCAAUGGCAACCCCGUCCGCAGUGUCCUUUGUUUUUUUUGUUUUUUCUUUUAAUUUUGUGUGUAUUGUUUGCAGCUCUCUGUGGGGAACGAUUUGAGUAUCACGGGGUAACAGGUGGAUUGACCCCCGCGUCAUGGCCUCUCCACCUCCGACGACCUCUCUGCCGAGUCUCCCCGACCGGAGCGGAGCCCCAGAGCGGCUCCUCAAGCUCCCUGAACUACACAGCUCCGCCAUGCUACCAAGACCCCCAGCCCAUGUUAAAGACCCACUGGCUGUGCAGAAGAGACGUGUUGCACGGAAACAACCUAGUCUCAACCACUUAAAAGCCCGUGAGGGGAUGCAUUUUCCUGGCUGGUACACUCAGUCACCUUCACCUCAACAAACGGGGCAGCCGCACAGUUCCCAGAAACAGUCAUCUGACCACCUGCCUCCUCUGCCAUCCACUACAAAGUUGUCCCGGAAAGUGGCAUCAACCCCGAGUCUCCCCAAACAGCCCUUUUCCAUUAAGACCAGUGUACAUCUAGAUACUCCUACCACCGUUCAAGUUUAUGAAUACAGUAAGGAUGACUUUUUGAUGAUCAGUCAUGACGGUGUGGUAUCAGUGCACAAGGACGAGUGUGGCUUUGUGACCCUGGAGCGCUGGGAAGAGGAGUACAACUACCACUGCAAGAUAAUCCGCAUCCCCUUCUUUGCCCUCUUCAAAAAGUGGAAACCUUUCUAUGUCUGGCGCACCAAGGUUCGUGCCAAGAAAUUUCAUUUGGCCAGGGAGUCCCUCCGAAACCGCUCAUUCAUUGUCAGUCAGGCUCUAAGUCCAGCACUGAUAGACAUCAGGAAAAUGUGUCACCAAAUUAGUGACACGGGCUUGUGUCACAUAGAGAAAAAACACACUUACACACUGAAAGAGUUCCAGGAAACCCAGGACAAAAAACUACAAGAGAUUUUGAGUGACUUGACUAAGUUUGAAGACCUGGUAAAGGAGGUGACAGUUUGUGCCUGUCACAACUUCCUGGCAGAGCCUCAGACUAAUAACCCAAGCGAUCAGAAGGACCAGAAACUGAUAAGGCAAAUCAUGCAGCGGUUUCUCUCUAGCCGCCUUGUCUGCUUCAUCCGUCUUGUUGACUAUUUGGUCGUCAACACCCUGCACACUUUGGUGGUAAACGCAGUGACCAAACUUCUGGCUGAGCUCCAGGAACAGGUACGUCAAACGCCCAGCUACGCCGUCAUCCGGAGCUGGAGCCAGCACUCUGAGGCUGUCAAUGACCCUGCUGAUCAAGAGAUGGAUACGAAGCCAGAGUCAGAACAUCCGCAUGUCCAACCUAUGUUCAUCUCUGAGCUGAUGUUGGACACAAAUGCUUUGACCUUCAGACCCUCUGAGGAAAACUUCCAGGAGACUAUUGCAGAGGUCAUUGGCCGGUUUGAGAAGACAGUGAGGUCGGUUAAUAUACUUACAGCGGAUCCUGCUUUCGAUUCAAUGACCCAUCCUGGAGAGUUUGAGAUACUGGAAAAUACAUAUGAAGAUGGCCCCAGUUUGGAAUUCAUCAUGGAGACUGAUGUUCACCUUCAAAGCAUCAUCCAAAAAAUCAAGGAAUCACUGAAGGUCGCCUUUAAUGCAGCAAAUGUGUACUCAUGUGUGUUUGAGCAUUUUCGACUGUUCUACAAGGAGAACGAGAGUCUGGAUUUGGAUGCGCUGCGGCAAACAGAUCAGGGUUUGUCCUUCUUUGAAAAAGCCCUGGAAUUAUACAAUGGUGAGCAUCAAGAGGCCUUAGCCAUCCAACAGAAGAGACAUCUGGGUUUACUGCUGGUUGACAAAACAAAGCUCAAAGAGAAGCUUGUGUCUUCCCCCCUUCGCUGUCUGGAGGUCAUCAAUGAGAUGCUCACCAAGCUGGCUAAGAGGAAACUAGACGCCAUCAUUGCAGAGGCUUUGGAAGCCCAGUAUAAAAUAGAGUCCCGUCCCUCCACUACCACUGAAUUGUUUAGCUCACUCAUAUUCCUGGAUGAGAUACAGGAGAGGAUUCCAGUGCAAGAGGUGGAGCAGGAGACUGUAUGUCAGAUGUACAAUCUGAUUAACAUGUAUUCAGUUCCCACACCACCUGAGGAUCUGGUCGUUUUCGCCACCUUGCAAUCCGCCAUGAACUCACUGCAAAGCAUCGUUGAUGAGGCAGUGGCAAAGAAGGCUACGAGCAUGGAGAAGUUUUGUGCUUCCCUACAAAAGGACAUAACGAAGCUUAACCGUGAGGUCAUGAACGUCAAGCAGAAGUCCCUGGAUCCAAAAAUCCUAGACCUCAAUGCAGAUUCCUCCCAAGUGCGUCUGCAGCUGGAGGAGCUCCAGAUUUCUGUUGAUGAGAUGCAGGCCCAGGCUGCCACCUACACUUCCUACCAGAAGAGAUUCAAGGUGGAUGUUACCAAGUUUGACACCCUUGGGGAGUUAACUGCAGACCUAAAGCUGAAGCAGCUGAUGAGGGACUCUCUGGAGGAAUGGGACUCUCUCCAGGAGGGGUGGCGACAGAGCACACUCGAGCAACUGGACUUGGAGCAGUUGAGCUCACAGGUGACCAAAUACAGCAAAUACGUCAACCAGCUGGAGAAGGGCCUGCCACGGAACAAUAUAGUGCCAAGUCUGAAGGAUAAAGUGGAAGUCAUGAGGCAGAGGCUGCCCGUGAUCACUGAUCUGCGCAACCCAUGUAUGAAGCCAGAACAUUGGACGACCCUGGAGUCAGUUAUGCAGACCCCCCUGAAUGUCACAGAGCUUACUGUGGCAGCUUUGGAGGAGAUCAAUGUAUUCUCCUAUGGCAUGGAGAUAACAGAGGUGUCAGGACAGGCUUCAGGAGAGGCGUCGGUGGAGAACAUUGUUACAAAGGUGGAGGAGACGUGGAAGACCACAGAGUUCACUGUUCUGUCUCAUGGUGACUCCAAGGACGUGUUCAUCUUGGGAGGCGUGGAUGAAAUCCAGGUGCUCCUGGAUGACAGCCUCAUUAACGUGGGCACUGUGGCAUCUUCUCGCUACGUAUUGCCCAUCAAGCCCAGGGUGGACGCACUGCUGCGACAGCUGAAUCUCUUCAACCAAACACUGGAUGAGUGGCUUAUAUGCCAGAGGAACUGGCUUUACCUGGAGAGUAUUUUCUUAGCACCAGACAUCAAUAGGCAGCUGCCGGAGGAGGCUAAGAUGUUCCUUAAGGUGGACAAGUCCUGGAAGGAGAUCAUGGCGAGGGCCAAUAAGAUGCCCAAUGCCCUUAGAGCAUCCACACAUCCUGAUCUGUUGGGGACCUUUCAGCAAAACAAUGUUCUUCUGGAUGACAUACAGAAGUGUCUGGAAGCCUACCUCGAGUCCAAGAGAGUCAUCUUCCCCAGGUUCUACUUCUUAUCUAAUGAUGAGCUGCUGAAGAUCUUGGCCCAGACAAGAAACCCCCAAGCUGUGCAGCCACACCUCAGGAAGUGUUUUGAUGCCAUUAUUCGACUGGAGUUUGCUCUGCUGCCUAAAGAGCCUGCUGGAACUACAGGAACAGUGCUGGAUGCCGGACAGGCCGAAGAGAAGACCAUAUACAGCAAAGACAUCCUGUAUAUGAUUUCUCCUGAGGGAGAGAAGGUGGCUCUGACUAAAGGUCUGAAGGCACAAGGCAAUGUGGAAGAUUGGCUUUGCAAUGUGGAGGAGGCUAUGUUCGCCUCGCUGAAACGUCUCAGCAAGGCAGCCAUCACAGACUACCAGUUGAAGUCUAGGGAGGAAUGGGUGGUGGCUGGACAUCCAUCGCAGGUGGUGCUGACCAUCUCACAGAUGAUGUGGUGCAGGGACAUGGAUGAUUGCCUGGAUGGAGACCACGACCACUUUGCUGCCCUACAGGAAUUUGAACUCACCAACGUCGAUAGGCUAAAUUCCCUGGCGGCAUUGGUGCGAGGACAACUCCCUACUUUACACCGUAGUAUCAUUACUGCCCUCAUCACCAUCGAUGUCCAUGCCAGAGACAUUGUCACAGAUCUGGUCCGGCAGAAGGUGGAUUCCAGGACUAACUUUGAAUGGCAGAGACAGCUACGAUACUACUGGGACAUGGACAUAGACAACUGUGUAGCCAAAAUGGCUCUGUCCACUUACAUUUACGGCUAUGAAUACCUGGGAGCCUGUCCACGGCUGGUCAUCACACCGCUCACGGACCGUUGCUACCUGUGUUUGAUGGGGGCUCUCCAGUUGGACUUGGGAGGUGCCCCAGCUGGGCCGGCAGGAACAGGCAAAACAGAGACCACCAAGGACUUGGCCAAGGCACUGGCCAUACAGUGUGUGGUCUUCAACUGCUCCGAUGGGCUUGACUAUAAGAUGAUGGGCCGCUUUUUCAGUGGGCUUGCUCAGUCGGGAGCCUGGUGCUGUUUUGACGAAUUCAACCGAAUCGACAUUGAGGUGUUGUCUGUGAUUGCUCAGCAGCUCAUAACCAUACGAAACGCCAAAGCUGCCAAGAUGUCGAGGUUCCGAUUUGAGGGCCGCGAGAUCAAGCUUGUGAUGACAUGCGCCGCAUUCAUCACGAUGAACCCUGGCUACGCUGGAAGAACAGAGCUACCUGACAACCUCAAAGCUCUCUUUAGACCCAUAGCCAUGAUGGUGCCAAACUAUGCACUUAUUGCUGAGGUGAUUUUGUACUCAGAGGGAUUUGAAUCCAGUAAGACCCUGGCAAGGAAGAUGACCCAGUUGUACAAGCUAUGCUCUGAGCAGCUGUCCCAGCAGGACCACUACGACUUUGGCAUGAGAGCCGUCAAGUCUGUCCUGGUCAUGGCGGGGUCUCUAAAGAGAGAAAACCCCAACCUGAGUGAAGACGUGGUUCUUAUCAGAGCACUGAGGGAUUCCAACCUGCCAAAGUUCCUCACUGAUGAUGCUGUGCUUUUUGGUGGUAUCCUAUCAGACCUCUUCCCUGGUGUGUGCAUCCCUGAGCAUGACUACGGUGUGCUGCAGUCCACCAUCCUGGAAUCUCUGGUUAAGCGCAACCUGCAGCCGCUUCUUAGCAUGACCAAGAAGGUGAUCCAGUUCUAUGAGACCAUGUUAGUGCGUCAUGGUGUGAUGUUGGUAGGGCCUACGGGUGGAGGUAAGACCACUGUCUACACCAUCCUGAUAGACACACUGGAGACCCUCCAUCGCACUGGGCACAUGGAUAGCAACCCCUUCUAUCAGCCCGUCAAGACCUAUGUCCUCAACCCUAAAUCCGUCACAAUGGGAGAGCUCUACGGAGAGGUUAACACCUUGACCAUGGAGUGGCGUGAUGGACUGAUGGCGCUCAGCGUCCGUGACGCGGUCAACGAUACCACUGACGAACACAAAUGGGUGAUCUGUGACGGGCCGGUCGAUGCUUUGUGGAUUGAGAACAUGAACACCGUGCUGGACGACAACAAGAUGCUCUGUUUGGCGAACAGCGAACGGAUUAAACUGACACCAUCCAUACAUAUGGUGUUUGAGGUCCAGGACUUAGCUGUGGCAUCUCCAGCCACAGUCAGUCGCUGUGGAAUGGUAUAUAUUGAUCCUGAGGAUCUCAAGUGGAUGCCCUAUGUCCAGACGUGGAUCAGUGGUCUCGGAAACAAGCUCCCAGACCCAGUGCGCACCAGCCUGCUGGAGCUGUUUGAGCAGUACGUUGAGAGCGGCCUCCAGUUUGUGUUGAAGCACUGUACCCAGGUCAUCCGCCAGGUGGAAAUCAGUAAAGUCACCACUAUGUGCUACCUGCUGGAGGCUCUGCUGCUGGGCGCAGGAGGGCCAGACCUCAAUAUGGAUUCCAAGGACCUCGGGGGUGUACUAUGCCAGACCUUCAUAUUUUGCUACCUGUGGUCAGUCGGUGGCAACCUGACCAGUUCUCACUGCGAUGCUUUUGACAGCUUUGUCAGAGAGCAGUUUGCAGAUAACAACAUUGCUAAGCUCCCGAAGAACGGCACCAUGUGGAGCGUGUACAUGAACUUCAACCAGAAGCGUUUGGAGACGUGGGAGGCGAUAAUCCCUUCAUUCCAUUACGACAUAGAGCAGCCCUUUUUCGAGAUGCUGGUUCCCACCACAGACACGGUCCGCUAUGGAUACCUGAUGGAGAAACUUCUCUCCGUGCAGCGCUCUGUGCUCUUCACCGGUGACACUGGAGUGGGGAAGUCCGUGGUGGCUCGCGGCCUCCUCAACAGCAUCCAAGAAAAGGCAGGAUACCUUCCUGUCUACAUCAGCUUCUCCGCUCAGACCUCCUCCGCCUGCACGCAGGAGAUCAUUGAGUCCAAACUGGAGAAGAAGAGGAAAAACGUCCUGGGUCCUCCUGGUAACAAGAGGUUGGUGGUCUUUGUGGAUGACCUGAAUAUGCCCAAGCUGGACAGUUAUGGCUCUCAGCCGCCAAUAGAGCUCCUGCGUCAGUUCCAAGACUUUUCUGGCUUCUUCGACAGAGACAAGUUCAUCUGGAGGAAGAUCGAGAACAUGACCAUUGCAGCAGCUUGUGCUCCUCCAGGAGGGGGACGCAACCCUGUGACCCCCCGAUUCAUCCGCCACUUCAGCAUGCUGUGUCUGCCCACACCAUCGGAGAACAGCCUCAAGCAGAUCUUUACAGCCAUCCUGAACGGUUUCCUCAGUGAGUUUUCCCAAGAGGUGAAGGACUGCGCUGGACAGAUAGUGGAUGCAGCUGUGGAUAUUUACAACCGUUUGAGUGUUGAUCUCCUGCCCACUCCGGCAAAGUCCCACUACGUCUUCAAUCUCAGAGACCUCUCCAAGUGUGUCCAAGGCAUGUUGCAGUGUGAGUCAAGUCAAGUGAGAGAUAAGAACCAGAUCUUCCGUCUCUUCUGCCAUGAGUGUCAGCGGGUGUUCCACGAUCGACUCAUCAACAACCAAGACAAGACCUACUUCAACACCAUCGUCUCUGAGAUGGCCAGCAGAUAUUUCAGUAUUGAUCUGGAGCCCUCUUACUUUGUGGACCAGCCCAUCAUAUUUGGAGAUUUCAUCAAGGUGGGUGCAGAGAAAGAAGAUCGUCUGUACGAGGAUCUGACAGACAUGAGUAAGAUCCGGACUGUCCUCCAGGACUACCUCGAUGAUUACAACGUGACCUUUUCCAAGGAGACCAAGCUGGUUUUCUUCCAGGAUGCCAUUGAGCAUGUCUCCAGGAUCGCCCGCAUCAUUCGCCAGGAGAGAGGCAAUGCUCUACUAGUAGGAGUGGGAGGUACAGGCAAGCAGUCACUCACUCGGCUAUCAGCCCACAUGUGUGGCUACCGCUGCUUCGAGAUUGAGCUGAGUCGAGGCUACAACUAUGACAGCUUCCAUGAAGAUUUGAGGAGACUCUGCAAGAUGGCUGGUGUGGACGGCAAUGAUAUGGUGUUCCUGUUUACAGACACUCAGAUUGUGGUGGAGGAGUUUUUGGAGGAUGUUAAUAACUUGCUAAACUCAGGCGAGGUGCCCAACCUUUUCGAGAAAGAUGAGAUGGAACAAGUGCUGGCUGCCACCCGCCCUAAAGCCAAAGAGGCUGGACUCAGCGAGGAGAACAGGGAUGAGGUGUUCCAAUAUUUCAUCUCUCGUGUGCGGGAGAAGCUACACGUUGUGCUGUGUAUGAGUCCCGUUGGCGAUGCCUUCAGGUCCCGCUGUCGCAUGUUUCCUUCACUGGUAAACUGCUGUACCAUUGACUGGUUUGUGCAGUGGCCUCGUGAGGCACUGCUCUCUGUCUCCAAGGCCUUCUUCCUGAACGUGGACUUUGGCAGUGAAGAGCUGAAGGAGAGAUUCUCAGCCAUAUGUGUGGAGAUACACGUUAGUGUCACUGACAUGGCAGAGCGCUUCUACUCAGAGGUGAGACGCAGAUACUACACCACACCUACCUCCUACCUGGAGCUCAUCAACCUCUACCUGGGCAUGCUCAAUGAGAAGAGAGAGGAGUUAGUGCUGGCCAGGGACCGUGUGAAGAACGGUCUGACCAAACUGCUGGAGACCAAUGAGCUGGUGGACACAAUGAAAGUGGACCUGUCUGCUCUGGAGCCAGUCCUGAAACAAAAGUCCAUUGACGUGGACGCCCUCAUGGAGAAACUGGCUGUUGACCAGGAGAGCGCUGAUGAGGUGCGUAAAGUAGUGAAAGAAGAUGAGGCUUUAGCACUGGUAAAAGCUGAAGACACCCAGGCUAUAGCCGCGGAUGCCCAGAAGGACCUGGACGAGGCUCUGCCAGCCCUGGAGGGGGCCAAUCAGGCCCUUAAUUCUCUAGACAAGGCUGACAUCUCUGAGAUCAAGGUGUUCACCAAACCCCCAGACCUAGUCAUGACUGUCAUGGAGGCUAUCUGCAUCCUGCUCAACUGCAAACCAGACUGGCCCAGUGCCAAGCAAGUACUGGGAGAUUCAUAUUUCCUCAAGCGUCUAAUGGACUAUGACAAGGAAAAUAUCAAACCUCAGAUCCUGCAGAAACUGCAAAAAUACAUAAACAAUGCUGAUUUCAUACCUGAGAAGGUGGAGAAGGUGUCCAGAGCCUGCAAAUCAAUGUGUAUGUGGGUCAGAGCCAUGAACCUUUACUCCAGAGUUCUCAAAGAAGUCGGCCCCAAGAGAGAAAAACUGGCCUUGGCACAGGCAGAGCUGGAUAUUACUAUGGCGACACUGAGGGAGAAGCAGGAAAAGCUUCAGGCGGUGGAGAACCAGAUCAAGAUCUUACAGGAGCAGUUUGACAGCAGUAUAAAUGAGAAGGAGGAUUUGGUCAACACCAUGGCUCUGACAAAUGCACGGUUGACGAGGGCAGGGAAGCUAACGUCUGCUCUCGCCGAUGAGCAAGUGCGCUGGGAGGAAAGCGUUGCCCUGUUUGAACAAGAGAUCAUCAAUGUUGUGGGAAAUGUCUUCAUCGCUGCUGCCUGUGUCGCCUACUACGGAGCAUUCACGUCCCACUAUAGACAGCUGCUUAUUGCCCAGUGGAUAAAACAGUGCCAGGAGCUGGACAUCCCCAUCAGUUCCAGCUUCAACCUGAUCAACAUUCUGGGUGACCCAUUUGUCAUCCGGCAGUGGAACGCAGAGGACCUGCCUCGUGACACUGUCUCCACAGAGAACGGGAUCUUGGUGACUGAGGGCCGCCGCUGGCCUCUUAUGAUCGAUCCACAGGAUCAGGCCAACAGAUGGAUCCGCACCAAGGAGGCCAAGAAUGGUCUAAAGGUGAUUAAGUUGACAGACCCGAGCUUCCUUCGUACCUUAGAGAAUGCCAUUCGCAUGGGCAUGCCUGUUCUGCUAGAGGAGUUAAAGGAGACCCUAGAUCCAGUGCUGGAGCCCAUCCUGCUGAAGCAAACAUUUGUGUCAGGUGGACGGACAUUGAUGCGACUCGGAGACUCCGAUAUUGACUAUGACAAAAACUUCAAGUUCUAUAUGACCACUAAGAUGGCCAACCCGCACUACCUGCCAGAGGUGUGUAUCAAAGUUACAAUCAUCAAUUUCACUGUGACCAAGUCUGGCUUGGAAGACCAACUGCUAAGCGAUGUGGUGCGACUGGAGAGUCCACAUCUUGAGGAGCAGAGGAACGAGCUUAUUGUGCGCAUCAACGCUGAUCGCAAUCAGCUGAAAGACAUCGAAGACCGCAUCCUCAAGCUUCUCUUCACCUCUGAGGGGAACAUACUAGAUAAUGAGGAGCUUGUUCAGACUCUACAGGAGUCAAAGGUGACAUCUCAGGCCAUCCAGCACCGUCUGGAGGAGGCAGAGGCUACUGAGCUGAUGAUCAACUCUGCCAGGGAGCGCUACCGACCCGUGGCUACCCGAGGCUCUGUCUUGUACUUUGUCAUCGCCAGUCUGUCUGAGAUCGACCAUAUGUACCAGUUCUCCCUCAAGUACUUCAAACAACUCUUCAACUCCACCAUUGAGACGUCAGAGAAAAGCAGUGUGCUGGAAGAGCGUCUCCAGAUCUUGCUGGACCAGAUCUUGCUCAACUCCUACAUCAAUGUGUCCCGGGGCCUCUUUGAGCAGCACAAGCUCAUCUACAGCUUCAUGUUGUGUGUGGAGGUCAUGAGGGAGCGUGGGGAGAUUUCUGAAGAGGAAUGGCAGAACUUCCUGAGAGGAUCUGCUUCCUUGAAAAAGGACUAUGCAGAACGGCCAGAUGUGCCAUGGCUAAGUGACUUUUACUGGCAAACAUGUUGUGAGCUGGAAGACACACUGUCUUGCUUCAAGGGCAUCUCCAAGGAAAUCACCAGAACCCAUAUUCACAUCAAGCUGGGAACUUGUAAUGCAUCUAUUAAUCCAGAGACCUGGAAAGGAUAUGUGUCAAGUUUGCCUCCUCCUGGUGAUUACAAAGAGGAGAAGAAGGAGAGUGGCAUCAGAGGUUACUGGAACGAGAGGUUGGGAGCCUUCCAGAAGCUCGUUCUUAUCAAGUGCUUCAUGGAAGAAAAGGUGGUGUUUGCAGCAACAGAGUUUGUGAUCGUCAGCCUGGGAAAGCAGUUUGUGGAAAACCCUCCGGUUGACCUGGCUAAUCUUUACAACGACAUGUCCCCCUCCACCCCGCUGCUCUUCAUUCUUAGCACAGGAUCCGACCCUAUGGGUGCCUUCCAGCGUUUUGCAAAAGAGAGAGGCUGUCUCGACAGAGUUGAGUCCAUCUCAUUGGGUCAAGGCCAAGGGCCUAUCGCUGAGAAGAUGAUCCUUAAGGCACUGGAGACUGGCAACUGGGUCUUUCUGCAGAACUGUCAUCUGGCUGUCUCCUGGCUGUUAGCCAUGGAAGAGCUCAUCAAGACCUUCACUGAGCCUGAUACAUCAAUACACGAAGAUUUCCGUUUGUUUCUCAGUUCCAUGCCAGCCAAAGUAUUUCCCGUUACAGUGCUUCAGAACUCUGUCAAGGUAACCAAUGAGCCUCCCAAAGGCCUGCGAGCCAACAUGCGACGGGCCUUCACAGAGAUCACCAGGAAUUUCUUUGAAGACCACGCUCUGGGACGCCAAUGGAGGAAGAUUGUCUUCGGAAUGUGCUUUUUCCAUGCGAUCAUCCAGGAGAGGAAGAAGUUUGGCCCUCUGGGCUGGAACAUUCGCUAUGAGUUUAAUGACAGUGACAGGGAGUGUGCUCUUCUCAACCUCAACCUCUACUGCAAAGAUGGCACCAUCCCAUGGGACGCUCUCAUCUACAUCACUGGUGAGAUCACGUAUGGGGGCAGAGUGACGGAUGCCUGGGACCAGCGCUGCCUCAGGACCAUCCUCAAAAGCUUCUUCUCCCCUAAUACUCUGGGACGUGGCUACACCUACUCAUCCUCUGGUAUCUACUAUGCCCCAGAGAAAGAUGAACUGAAGCAAUACAGGAAAUAUAUCGAGAGUCUUCCGAUCUUAGACGAUCCCGAGGUGUUUGGAAUGCAUGAGAACGCCAACCUGGCCUUCCAGCGCCAAGAAACAAUGAUUCUAAUCAACACUAUACUGGAUGUUAAUCCUCGCUCUUCAGCCCUGCAUGGAGCCAAAAGUAACGAUGAGAUAGUGUGUGAGCUGGCUGAAUCUAUACUUGAAACGCUACCUGAGACUUUGGUCAUGGAUGAUGCAGUGGAAACUCUGUUUGCAAGGGAUGAACAUGGCCGCCUUAACUCCCUCACAACUGUGUUGGGUCAGGAAACAGACCGAUUCAACAAGCUGCUGCGAUUGAUCAGGGUUUCUCUUGUCACUCUGCAGAAGGCCAUAGCCGGUCUGGUGGUGAUGUCAGAAGAAAUGGACUGUAUCUACAGAAGCUUCCUGAACAACCAGGUCCCAACCUACUGGGCAAACUCGUCCUAUCCUUCUCUGAAGACCCUCGCUUCCUGGGUCAGGGACCUGGCCCUCAGGACUGCCUUCAUCCAGACCUGGAUCACACAUGGACCGCCCAAAUCUUUCUGGAUCUCAGGAUUCUUCUUCCCUCAAGGUUUUCUCACCGGGGUGCUGCAGAAUCACGCACGGCAAUACAAGUUGCCCAUUGAUGAGCUCAGCUUCAGCUUCAGCACGGUGCCAGCAUACAGGGACCAGGCGGUAGUCUGUGAGGCACUGCAAACUCUGCCUAGCAACGCUACGCUGGACAUGGAUGAUGAGUUACCAGACCCGGAGAACGGCGUGCUCGUACACGGCAUGUUCAUGGAUGCCAGUCGCUGGGACGACGACAACAUGGUGAUCGAGGACGCACUGCCUCGGGUGAUGAACGCCAUGCUGCCAGUGUUGCACUUUGAGCCACAGCAGAACUACGAACCUGAGCCGGACCUCUACCACGCUCCGCUGUACAAGACCUCAGCCAGAGCUGGGACUCUGUCCACCACUGGUCACUCAACUAAUUUUGUCGUCACGGUGAUGCUUCCCUCCAAUCGACCCGUCGAUUAUUGGAUAUCAAAAGCCUCUGCUCUCCUGUGCCAGUUGGAUGAUUGAGUUUGUAAUACAGGACAAAAGGGGCUUUUCAAUGUGACUGAGACAUGUAGCUGAAGCGUACAACCUUGGAUUAAUGUUGUAUCUUUUCGUUUCUGUAAAUUAGAUUAGAUAUAUACUCAGAGGGAACUUGGGUCAGGGAUAUUUGUGUCAGUGUAAAAUAACAUAUAUAUCCAUAUCAUACUUUCUCAAUAAAUAAAUUAUGUUACACUCUC